AUGAAGAAGUUGAAGCAAAACAUUGUUGAUGAGAAAGCUGCGGAGGAACUCGCCGCAGGAGGGAAAGGCAAGGCCAAGGGGGAAGGCAAGCCACCUCCUGCGCCGCCAGCGAAGAAGUACCCGCCGAAGGUAGAGCUCCCCGAUGACCUUAGCAAGGAGGUGAUCGCCGAGUACCUGCCCCUAGGCAACAAGAUCGGCCUGGGCGAGUUGGACCAGUGCUGGCGGCUGACAAGCUACGACAAGCAGUUCACGAGGUCUUUCAACCUUUUUUACGCCGAAAGAUAUUUUGGCUCGAAGCUCGCCAAAUGUUCUGGCGACCCUGGCGGCCUGGACGCGCUGCCUAUGGACAGGUGGAGACUCCUCGUUUGCGCUGGUAGCGCAGCUGGGCUGGCUGCAGUCUGCUACUUUCUGCUACGACCUGAUGAGGAGGUGACCUGCGUCUUCGCCGACGCGCGUUCCAGCGGGCAGCUGCUGUGCAGGGUGAAGGCGCCGCGGCGGGCGAGCGGAGCGCACCUGCGAAGGCUGGGCGUCGCCGCCCCCGCCGCCGUCGUGGCCACUGCGCUCUUCGAGUCGGACAUCACGGGGAGGGGCGGGUAA